AUGGAGACCAUGAUGCAGGAGGGUCCACACCUGGCAGAACAGCUUCAGGAAAAUGACAGUGAAAAGCCCAAAGUGCAGCUUGCACAGCUCAAGCUCAAACACAGGACUCUGGAGGACAUUCUGCCAAGAGCUCAGCUAUUCCAGGAGAUGACAGAUAGACUUCAGCAAUGGCUGAUAUCUGUGGAUCAGGAAUUAGCUGAGCUCGCUCUGCAGAAAGAGGGAUGCUCCAUCUGCAGGAAGCCACAGGACAAGCCCAAGGGAGGAAACCCAGCUGGUGCAGGAGCAGGUGGACAGUCUGCGUAUCCGGAAGACCUCCACAUGUGGCUUGGUCGAAUCGAGAGAGAGCUGCUUGCUCCUGCUGCCAAGAGCCAAUCUGGGACGCAGUCUUGUGUUCUUCUGAGAGGCAGAAGCCUGUUUGCAUUUAAUCAGCUGGAACAGGCUGUUGAGAAAGAGUUGGCUUGGUUUAAAGACACCUCACUGGCACUGGAGGAGCUCAGAGCCAUUAAUCUGGAACCAGACAUCAUCGCAGCCAAGUUCAAUGAGCAGAAAAUACUUGCUGUAGAGAUUCUGCAGCACAAGUUUAACAUUGAGAAAAUGGUGAAGAUAUUGGAACUCCUGCAGAUGUACACUGGGGAUGGGGAGACACUGAGACUCCUGUCUUCCAUAGACACCUUACAGGAGCAGUAUCGAGUCACUACUGCCACUAAUUCCCAAGUCUUGCUUCAACUGGAACAUGCUCAGUCGCUCUUGUCUCAGUUCUCAGAGGGCUAUGCUGAGGUUUUACCAUGGUUGCAGGAAACCAAAGCCCUUAUUGGCCAGUUUACCCUGAACACCAUCAGCUAUGAGGCUUUCAGAGAACAACAGGACCUCUUACAGCUCAGGGACAGGAGUUUCUGCCAGAAAGCUAGGGACACUGAAGACCAGCACCUGUCCAUCAGAGACAGGGUUCGAGAAGCUGCUGGAGUACUGGAGGAGUCUCUGCCCCGCUAUACACAGCUGAAUGAGAGGAUGACUCUGAUUGGAGAAAGACUGGAGCGGCUGUGUAGUCACCUGCAGGCCUCAAUGGCUCUUCAAGGCCUCACCCCACGAAUUCAGGAGCAGCUACAGGACAACAAGCACACAUUGUCUGAGCUCUCCAAAAUGGAUCUGGACCUCAGUAGUGUGAGGACACAGGCUCAGGAGCUCCUGUCCAACACAGGGGCUCUCGCGGAUAGUUCUAUUGGCUCGGCUAUCCAAGAGCGGGUUUGCAGUCUAACGAGCCGCUGGGAGGAGGCUCAAAGACAAGCUCAGGAGAGGGAGAAGUGGCUUCUCAAUCUCCUGGAUCUAGCGGUCAGGUUCUGGAAUGAUGUGAGUGACAUGACAUCUGGCCUGAAUGAUGCCCAGCAAGCUGUUCUGGACCUCAACUCCAAUCGAUCAGAUUCAGAGACCAUCCGACAGAGCCUAGAGAGCAUGCAGACACUCAGGGAGGACAUUGAUUCUCUACAAGGUGACCUGGACACACUGGGAAUUCUGGGAAUGGAACUCAUGUCAGCAUGUGGUGACACAGACAAGCCAGAGGUCACCAAAAGUUUGGAUGAGCUUUAUGGAACAUGGAACAAUCUCAGUAAGAUCUGGACAGAGUGCAACCGUAAGUUAGAGGAAUGUUUGCGAAUGGCUCUCCAUUAUCAGGACAGUAUGCAGGGUCUCUUUGAGUGGCUGAAGUCUGCAGAGCUGAAAUCCACCGAAGGUUUCUCAGUGGGAUCUGACCUGGGAUCAGUUAAAGAGCAGCUAUGUGACCUGAAGGAAUAUAAGCGAGAGCUCUAUCAGAAGAAGAUCGAGAUUGAGAGUCUAAACCAUCGCUUUGUGUGUCGCCUCUCCCCGGGCACUGAGCGGCCUGGGUCCAUCUCUCCACUGAGUGACUUCCGUCAGCGAUGGGACGAUCUGGAGUCAGAGACUGUCAGUAGACAGCACCAGUUGGAGUGUGCACUGCUGGGCUUGGGUCAGUUCCAGAACACUCUCGAUGAGCUGCACGCCUGGCUCUUCCACACAGCUGACCUUCUGCAGGCCUCUCAGCCAAUCAGCAUUGACCUGCAGACCUGUGAGAUAGAGCUAGCCAAGCACAAGGUUCUGCGGAACGAUGUGAUGUCCCAUGUGCACACGGUAGACUCUCUGAACCUGGCCGGCAGAAACCUGAUGGAGUCUGGGGCAGGAGACAGUUCACAUGUCCUGCAGACUCGUCUGGAACAGCUGAACGAACGCUGGGAAUUUGUGCGCUGUGAGACAGAGCGCAGACAGCUAGAGCUGGAAAAUAACCUCAGUCAGGUUCAGGAUGUGAGCAUGGAGGUCCAGGAUCUCCUGCAGUGGCUGGAACACACAGACCUGAGGCUGUCGUCCAGUAAGACGGUGUGGGGAAUGCCAGACUCUGCCAGCGAGAGACUGAGCGCUCAUUUGGAGUUGUGUAAUGAGAUGGAUUCUAAAAUGCACACUUACACAAAUGUGCGCAAAGCGAUCCUCAGGAUGCUGGAGGGCCGUGAAGUGGCCCGGGGCUCCAGCACGGAGCAUAGCUUAUGCAUGCUGGAGCAGAAGUGGAGCGCUGUCUACGCGAAAAUGCAAGAAAGAAAGGCAAAGUUAACAGAGGGACUUGGUCUGGCCAAGGAGUUUAACAGUAAUGUCCAGGACCUGCUGACCAAAAUGGCCAAGUGUGAGGAGACCAUAAACACUCUGUCUGUGCCCAGCUUCAUCCUGGACACCGUCUGCGCUCAGCUCCAGGAGCACAGGGUGCUGGUAGGUGAGGUGCAGUCUUACGGAGAGAGGAAGACGAGCGUGGAGACCGCUGCCACACGUCUGUCGGAGCUCAGCAGGAAGGAAGACUGUGAUGUGGUGCAGAACCUGAUCAUGACCGUUCAGGACCGAUACAAGAAACUCCUCCAGCACACCACAGACCGGGGGAAAACACUCGAGGACGUCAGAAGACAUGCUAAACAGUUCAGUGAAUCAUGGCACUUGCUGGUGGACUGGGUGACGGAGGUUGAGCAGACGCUGGACACACACAAAGAGAUCUCUGUGUCGCAGGAAGAGAUCAAACAACAGCUCACUGAACAGAAGGAGUUCCAGAAGCUGCUCCGCUCGAAGCGGCCGAUGUACGAGGCCUGUCUGAAGAGUGGCCGCUCGCUGCAGGAGAAAGCCCAGAGUCCUGAAGACACGCAGCACCUGGAGAACAUGCUGUCUGAGCUCAGAGACUCGUGGGACACCAUCAGCGGUAAAUCCAGCGAGAGGCAGCACAAGCUGGAAGAGGCUCUGCUGUUUUCAGGCAGAUUCACUGACGCUCUGCAGGCUCUUAAUGACUGGCUGUACAGAGCCGAGCCACAGCUGGCUGAAGAUGUGCCUGUCUGCGGGGAAAAAGAGCUGGUCAACAAUCUGAUGGACACGCACAAGGUGUUCCAGCGGGAGCUCGGGAAGCAUGCCGGCUGUAUCCGCACACUGAAGCGCUCGGUCCGGGAUCUGACGCGGAGCAGCACGGCCGAUGCACACCGGCUGCAGGAGCAGAUGGAGGAGCUGGAGAGACGCUGGGAGGCUGUGUGUAAACUCUCUGUGUCCAGACAGACUCGACUAGAAGCCGCGCUGCAGCAGGCGGAGGAGUUCGAUGGGAUGGUUCACUCGUUCCUGGAUCAUCUUUCGGAUGUUGAGAGGGUCCUGAAGUACGGAGUGCUGCCUGAGGAGGAGCAGGCUCUUCUGGCAUUUCUUACCUGUCACCAGGAGUCGAUGAGCUCCUUGAACGCUCAGCAGACGGCGCUGGAGAACAUUCAGAGACUGGGAGAGGAGAUCCUGUCCUCCUGCCAUCCAGACUCCGUCAUCACCAUCAGAUCAUGGACCAGCAUCACAAACACUCGCUAUGAAGAGGUCGAGACGUGGGCGAAGCAGCAGGCCGCGAGGAUCCAGAGCACGCUGUCUGCUCUCGAGGCAGAGAGAGAAGAGAUCCAGCGAUUACUGAACUGGAUCUCCUCCGCUGAAGAGACUCUCGGUCUGAAGGAGCAGGAGCCGCUGCCUGAGGACCUCGAGCUCACCGCUGAUCUCAUCACACAACACACGGAUUUCAUGGAUGAGAUGAAAGGGAAGCUACCAGAAAUCGAAAACGCCACACAAUCCUGUAAACACAAGCUGGUUCCCAAGCAGCAGGUUUCUCCCAGUCGCAAGACACCAGCAAAGAGGAGAGGCACAGCGAAGCCCCCGCCAUCUGUUCCUCUUCCACUGGAGAAGCUGGACCCUCAGACACCUGUGAUGUGUCAGCUGCUGAGUCAAUGGAGGAAACUCUGGCUCCUGGCCCACGGCAGACAGAGCAGACUAGAGGAACAUCUGCAGAGGCUGAAACAGCUGGAGGAGUUUGCUAAUUUUGACUUCAACAUCUGGCGGAGAAGAUACAUGCAGUGGAUAAGUCACCUCAAAUCCCGGAUACUGGAUGUUUUCCGUAGCAUUGAUCGAGAUCAGGAUGGCCGGAUCACUCACAAGGAGUUCAUCGACAGCGUGCUGGCCUCUAAGUUUCCCACCAACUCUCUGGAAAUGACUGCGGUUGCUAACAUAUUUGAUGUUAACGCCGAUGGAUUCAUUGACUACUAUGAAUUUGUGAGUGCCCUCCAUCCAAGCCGAGACCCUUACAGAAAGCCGGUAGAUGCAGACCAAAUCAAUGAGGAGGUGAGUCGUCAGGUCUCUCAGUGCAACUGUCCAAAGAGAUUUCUAGUGGAGCAAGUUAGCUCAAAUCGCUACAGGUUUGGCGACUCUCAGCAGUUGCGGAUGGUUCGUGUUCUCAGAAGCACUCUGAUGGUUCGAGUCGGCGGUGGAUGGACGGCAUUAGAUGAGUUUCUAGUGAAGAAUGACCCCUGCAGAGUAAAGGGACGCACAAACCUGAAGAUAAAGGCGAAGUAUCUGUCUCCGGACGGGUUCGAGGCGUCGGGCCGCAGAGGCAGUGCUAAAGGCCUGACCGUCAGCAGAUCCAGCUCCAGUCUGAGUUUAUACAGCAGCGCUUCGGCUCCCAGCAGCCCACUGACACGCAAGGCAUUGCUACGCAGAAGUUUCUCUGGUGAGAGGUGCAUUCGACCCAGGAGCUCUAUCGCAGCUUUAGGGAGCGAGCAUUUCUCUGCCGACAUCGACUCUCCUUCACCUACAGAAGCGGUAGAAAGACCACCAACAUGAACACAUCUUGUCCCGUACUAUGAGCUCAACCAGGCAGACGAUCCUGAUCCGCUGGAUGGACAGAAACCACUCGAGCAGACCUCAGAUCAGUGGACACAGCUGGUCACUAGUGCUCUGAGGUGUGUUACACCAUCCGUUUCAUAGCAUAGCAUUGACUUUUUACCUUCACAGACUUUGUUUUUACAAAACGGACUCCUUGCUUUGUGUGUAACGAGAGAGCGCUGGAAUGUUUCGCAUGGGUUUGAGCAGCACGACGCCUGUAGUAUCAAAGAGCAAUAGCUUAUGUAGUGCUUUACACAGUAUACAUGUAUAUGCACAGCUCUCUUUAUUUUCUGUAGUUGCCUGAUGCAGGGACAAAUGUUCAAUCUGACCCUGUGUCCUCCACUGCCUUUGUAUCAGUUUCACGACACAGAUAGUGAUGCAAAAUACAAACCAAAAUACUGCUGUCUGAUGGUUUAGGCUUUAUGAUACGCAGAGCUUUUGGGGUCCAUGUUAAUGUUUUGUGUAAGUGUGGCUAUUAUAUCCUCAGGUCUGAAGUUCUAGAAUAUUUCAGGGUCUAGAUUAUGAAUUUAAAGACCACAUGAUAUAUACCAGCAACAUGUCACUGUUAGCAAAUAAUAAAUACUGGUUAACGGUGGUAAAUGAGCCCCAGAAAUACAUGACUUUGCUUACAUUUCCUGAAAUGUGUAAAUAGCAAAUAGCAAAAAGCAAAACCAGAAAUACAAUUGUUCCAGGUACAUUUUUACAUGACAUGUCUACAAGAGUUGGUAUAAGCUAGUUUAUAGUUGUUCCUCAUUGCAGAUUCAGAUUUAUUUAACAGCACAGUGUCAUGUAAAAAAAAAAAAAA